AUGCCGUACGUCAAGACACCGCAGAAUGAGAGUUUCCCUCCCUGGACAUGGUCGGAAGCACCUCUCCUCACAGGCUCUUCACGCCACGAGCCAGACCCUGAGAUCCGCAACAUUAUGAUCACUGGUGGAGCUGGCUUCAUCGCUUCAUGGGUGGUCCGCCACCUCACAACUACAUAUGGUGGCCACUAUAACAUCGUCUCCUUCGACAAGCUGGAUUACUGUGCGUCUCUGAACAACACAAACCAAUUGAAUCACCUCGACAACUUCUCGUUCUAUCAUGGAGAUAUCAUGAAGGCGGAUGAAGUCUUGGGUUGCCUUCGAAAACACAAGAUCGAUACAGUGAUGCACUUUGCAGCGCAAUCUCACGUCGAUCUCUCCUUCGGAAACUCUUACGACUUUACAUACGCCAACGUCUACGGCACUCACGUGUUGCUAGAGUGUAUCAAGACGUAUGGAAUCAAGAAAUUCAUUCAUGUCUCUACGGACGAGGUCUAUGGUGAAGUCAAAGACGGUGCCGACGACCUUCUCGAAGAUGCCAUUCUUGCUCCUACAAACCCCUAUGCCGCAUCCAAGGCCGCAGCAGAGAUGAUGGUACACGCCUACUACAAGAGCUUCAAGGUACCGGUCAUCAUUGUGCGUAGCAACAACGUCUAUGGGCCGCAUCAAUUCCCCGAGAAGGUCAUCCCGAAGUUCUCGUUGAUGCUGCAGCGCGGGUUGAAGCUUCCUCUACACGGUAGCGGAGACAACACACGCCGCUAUCUGUACGCAGGCGACGCUGCAGAUGCAUUCGAUACCAUCUUGCACAAGGGUGAGAUUGGCCACAUCUACAAUGUCGACUCGCAUGACGAAGUCGCGACCAUCGACCUCUGUGCCCACCUACUACGCUUGUUCGGACUACCUCACGCCACAACCGAGGACCUCUACAAACAUGUCGUCCACACCCAAGACCGCCCCUUCAACGACCAUCGCUAUGCCGUCAAUGGAGACAAGCUACGUCAACUGGGUUGGGAACAGAAGACUCGCUUCAAUGAAGGCUUGCAACUCACCGUGCAAUGGUACCAGAGAUUUGGCUCGAACUGGUGGGGCAACAUUGAGAGCAGACUACGGCCCUUCCCUGAGCCUGUUACGCUCAAUGUGCCAGCAGACAAGAAACGAGCAGACUCACAUGUAUCUGUCAGAGAGAUCGCUGCGGAUGUCAAGGUUCAAGAUUUGACCACUAUGCCAUUGCAGACGCACAUCCAUAUCUCCAGCGAGCAGGGCUUGUCCAGUAUUACCACGCUGAUCGUGGGCAGUAAAAGUGCAGCCCUCAUCGAUCCUCCCUUCCUGGUUCCGGAUGCCAAAUCUGUUGUCGAAUGGAUCAAGGACACCACAUCUCUGCCAUUGAAGGCAAUGUUUGUAACUCACCACCAUCCCGACCACUUCUUCUCCGCCAAUCCCAUCUUAGAAGCCUUCAAGGGAGUGAGAUUCUUGACUGCACCAUAUGUUCGCGCGGGCAUCGAUCGCGAGUACGAGGAGANNAAAGUCAAGUAUUGGCCAUCAGUAAUGGGGAAGGAGAUGGUCCCGGAGAAGCCAAGGAAGCCCGAUGUUUUUGAGCACAGUUUCUUUGUGCUUGAUGGGGACGAACAAUCGCCCAUAUGUCUGCUUGGUCCCGUCCAAGGUGACUCGAUUGAUCAGACGUUAUUCUGGUUGCCGACCGAGAAGACUGUUGUUUGCGGCGACGUGAUAUAUGCACGGAGCACCCAUGUCUGGGCCGCCGAAAUAGAGACACCUCAGAUUCUGCACGCUUGGCAGAAAUCUCUGGACCUCAUUGCAUCGCUGGAUGCUACCAAAAUCAUACCGGGCCAUUUAGAGAGUGGUUGGGAGAUGGAUGGUCAAGCUGAUCUGGCACAUACUCGUAAGUAUCUCCAGCUUUUCGACGACCUUAUUCAGAAUGCUUCCGAGAAGCACAAAGUCGAUGAGCUGUAUCAAAAGUUCAAGGAAGCCUUUCCCAAGGCAGACAAGAAUCUUGAUUUCUUCCUUGGUCAACUGAGCAGCGCGUUCGGUGAAGGAGGUCAAAAGUGGGAGGAGAAUAGACAUCACAAUGUCGAUCAGCGUACCAAAGAGCAGCUCGAGGGGUUUAUCAUCUGA